UCUUGAAACUGGCAGUUUAACCUGUGGGAGGAGUUUGUAGUUGUAUCGAAGUUAUGUUUCUUUUCUCUGAGCAGUGCAGUGGAGCAGCUAAUCAGUCUAAUAAAGCCUGAAGGUAGGCUUCUUUACCAGGGAGAAAAAAAUAUUUUCAAAAAAUGUUACAGGCAAAAGCGUAGCCUCUGGUUUGCACUGCCUCUCACACAGAUGACACUGAGAUGAGCUUUUUACUUUCAUUUUCCUAGAAACAAAGGAGAGGUGGAGAUUAACAGGAUAAGAUGGCAGAGUCGAAGCUUGAGAAGUACUUCACUAGUGAACAACAAAAAGAACUGCAGAAAGCCUAUAAGAGUGGAGAUCUUGAGCAAAUAGAUAUGCUGAUUGAGCAGAAACAGAAAGCUCUUAAAGACACAAUCUUCAAUGUUGCAGUGACUGGGGAAACAGGAACAGGAAAGUCAACUCUUAUAAAUGCAAUGAGAGGCCUUCUUGUUGAUGAUGGGGAAGAAGCAUUAGCAGCCCCAACAGGAGUUACAGAAACAACCUUGGUGCCAACUCCCUACCCACAUUUUCACUUCCCCAAUGUUGUGUUCUGGGAUCUCCCAGGUGUGGGUACCCCAAAUUUUAUAGCACAGGAUUACCUAAAAGAUAUGAACUUUGAGUGCUAUGAUUUCUUUCUUAUUGUCUCAAGUUGUCGCUUCAGGGAAAAUGAUGCAAAACUUGCACAGGAGAUUGAACGAAUGAGGAAACCCUUUUAUUUUGUAAGAACUAAAAUAGAUCUUGAUAUGUAUAGUCUCCAAAAGAGACGCAAGAAUGCAAAUCAAAAAGAAAUUCUUGAGCAGAUUAGAGCUGACUGUGUAUCUAAUUUACAGAGUGCUGGAAUGUCACAGCCUCAGGUUUUUCUGUUGUCAAGCUUUGAAUGGGAAAAUUAUGAUUAUGACCAUUUACAAAAAGUACUGUUUGAAAAGUUAAGAGAGAUUAGAAAGUAUGAUAUUCUGAAUCUGGAAGAACACAUAUUGAACAUCGCUGUGACCGGUGAGACUACAGCUGGAAAAACCUCUCUAAUUAGUGCCCUUUUGAAUAUGGAAGGUAUAGAUAAGGGUACACCUACAACAGACGUAACUCCUUAUGAGUACCCCCUCAUCUCAAAUAUUAUUUUCUGGGACCUGCCAGGAGUCGACACAGAUAGUGUUAAUUGGCAGGAGUAUUCAAAGAAAGUGCAUCUAGAAAGCUAUGACUUCUAUAUUAUUGUUUCGGGAGGCCCUUUUAGUAAGAAUACUGAGACCAUUGUCCAUGAAAUUAAAAAAAUGGAUAAAAAGUUUUGCUUUGUGCGAACUAAAGUUGAUCUGGAAAUAAUGUCAUCAGAGAAAAGUGAGGACUCUGUUCUAGAAGGGAUUCGUAAUGACUAUGUUAGUAGCUUUGACAGAUCUACAGCUUGCCCUACACACAUUUUUCUUGUGUCAAACUACAACCAGAUCAAAUAUGAUUUUCUGAAUUUACAAGUUAUGCUUUCCGAAAAUUUGCAAAAAAUCAAGAAACAGACUCUGCUAGUUGCAUUUGUUAAUGAGAACUUAAGAGAAGAAACAAAGAGGCCACAUCGCUCAUUUUGUAGUUUGAUGUAAAACUAAAGUACAAAACCUAAUAUAACAUCUUUUCACAUAUUAUGCUGGUAUUUUUCUUCUCUACUGUGUGCAGAAAAAUAAAAUCUUAGGUGUUCAA